AAAAACUAUAAGUUCAGAUUUGGGCCUCGGCCCAUAUUUUUACUUUAUUUUUCUGGGCCUUUAUUAUUGAUAAUGACUCCUAAUUUCAUCAUGAUGGGCUUUAUUAAAGUGAAAAAUAGAAUAACGGGAAAAAGAGAGACGAACAGAGAGGAGGAAGGAACGGGGGACGAGAAGGAGACCAACUCGCUCAAAAUCUCUGCGCGGCGGUGGAGGAGGCAGACGACGCCGUGGCGGUUUCUGGUAAAUUCUGUCUUCUUCCCCGCUACUUCACUGGUUUUCUUAUUCCGGGGACCUGCUAACGUCGUCGUUUUGAACCGAAUAGAGGAAUAAAAGAAAAACCCUCUUUGCCUGAAUUGGGGCUUCUCGUACUCGGUCGAUUGGCAUUGAUUUUACUGCAUUGUAUUAUCGAACCAACAUAUCAUUUCUGUGAAGGAAUUAGUAGAUUAAUUGUUUUUCAUCAUGUCUUGGUGCACGAUUGAGUCCGACCCAGGGGUGUUCACUGAACUUAUUCAGCAGAUGCAAGUAAAAGGCGUGCAGGUUGAGGAACUGUAUUCAUUGGACCUCGAUUCUCUGAACAAUCUGAGGCCAGUGUAUGGUUUGAUUUUCCUAUUCAAAUGGCGUCCAGGGGAAAAGGAUGACCGCCUUGUAAUUAAGGAUCCAAAUCCUAAUUUGUUUUUCGCAAGCCAGGUCAUCAAUAAUGCUUGUGCAACCCAAGCAAUCUUGUCCAUCCUCAUGAACUGUCCAGAUGUUGACAUUGGUCCUGAACUGUCAAAACUGAAAGAAUUUACGAAGAACUUUCCACCUGAACUGAAAGGAUUGGCAAUAAACAAUAGUGAAGCCAUCCGUGCCGCCCAUAAUAGUUUUGCAAGGCCUGAGCCAUUUGUUUCUGAUGAGCAGAAGGUAGCUGGAAAAGAUGAUGACGUCUACCAUUUUAUAAGCUACUUGCCUGUCGAUGGAGUCCUGUACGAGCUUGAUGGACUGAAGGAGGGACCCAUUAGCCUUGGACAGUGCCCCAGCGGGCAAGGUGACAUGGAAUGGUUGCAGAUGGUACAACCUGUAAUCCAGGAACGUAUUGAAAGGUAUUCCAAAAGCGAGAUAAGAUUCAAUCUCUUGGCCAUUAUCAAGAACAGGAAAGAGAUGUAUACUGCUGAACUCAAGGAACUCCAAAAGAAGAGGGAGCGUAUUUUGCAGCAGCUGUCUGCCUCACAGCAAGAUAGACCAGCUGACGGUAGCAAGUUUGAAGCGCUGAACAAAGCUCUUUCGGAAAUCAAUGCUGGGAUUGAGGGUGCAACAGAGAAGAUCUUGAUGGAGGAAGAGAAGUUUAAGAAGUGGAGAACAGAGAACAUUCGCAGGAAGCACAACUACAUUCCGUUUCUGUUUAACUUCCUCAAGAUUCUUGCCGAGAAGAAGCAGUUGAAGCCGCUUAUUGAGAAGGCAAAGCAGAAGGCAGGCAACACUAGAUGAAUGAGAUACAAUGAUGUUGUGGUUAACUGUAGUGUGGGCAUCUGGGGUUAUUUUAAGUGUUGAGUUGUAAGUUAGGGUCAACCUAACCAGAUUAUGCGUGUUUUCGUGAGGUUACUCUCUAAACUUAGAAGUUAUUUUGUUGAGACAUUCCCUGGAA